AUGGUGAGCUUCAAAAUCGACAAGCAGCUUCAAACGAUCAGCAACUAUUUUCUGUUCAGCCUUGCUGUUGCAGACAUUGCCAUAGGUAUGAUUUCAAUACCGCUGUGGACGUACUACACAGCGAUGCAAACGUGGGGCAUCGGCUAUACGAUGUGCCAGUUUUGGCUCUGCGUUGACUACCUCAUGAGUAACGCAUCAGUGCUCAAUUUGCUUUUAAUCUCAUUCGAUCGGUAUUUUUCCGUUACGCGGCCGCUCUCCUACAGACCAAGGAGGACAACGCGAAAAGCACUGAUCAUGAUUGCUUGUACCUAUAUCAUCUCUGUGAUUCUUUGGCCACCAUGGAUUAUCAGUUGGCCUUAUAUUGAAGGUAAGUCAUUCUAA